AUGGCUAAAUUGAGUUCUGAGUUUGCUAUGAAGGACUUAGGUCCUCUCGGUUAUCUUUUGGGCAUCGCUGUUUCUCGAAAUUCCGCAGGUCUAUUUCUUUCUCAACACAAAUAUGCUACUAAGAUUCUUGAUAAAGCAGGCAUGUCUCAAUGCAAGUCUGCUCCUACCCCUGUUACUACUUCUAGUAAACUUUGUGUUGAUGUUGGUUCUCCUUAUGAUGAUCCUACUCUGUAUCGUAGCUUGGUUGGGGCUUUGCAAUAUCUCACUUUUACCCGACCGGAUAUUUCUUAUGCUGUUCAACAAGUCUGUCUUUUUAUGCAUGAUCCUCGGGUUGAACAUAUGACUGCCCUUCAACGCAUUCUUCGAUAUGUCAAGGAUGCUGAUUGGGGUGGUUUUCCUAACACCUGCUGUUCUAUUUCUGGCUACUGUGCUUUUCUCGAUGAUAAUUUGAUCUCUUGGUCUGCUAAGCGCCAACCUACGAUUUCUAAGUCCAGUGCUGAGGCUGAAUAUCGUGGUGUGGCUAAUGGUGUUUCUGAGACUUUUUGGCUUCGUGACUUACUUCUUGAGCUUCAUUUUCCCAUUUCUAUGGCUACUCUUGUUUAUUGUGAUGAUGUUAGUGCUGUUUAUUUGCCGGGCGAUCCAUUUCACCAUCAACGCACUAAACAUAUUGAGAUGGACAUACAUUUUCUUCGGGAAAAAGUUCAACAUGUGGAUGUUCGUGUACUUCAUGUUCCAUCUCGAUAUCAAAUUGCCGAUAUUUCUACCAAGGGCCUUCCUUAG